AUGGACUUGUUGAAGGACGCGGCGAAGCAAAUCAACUUGUACGAAGUGAAGCACUACGUGCGCAAGGCGCAGAACGUGGCGAUGAACCUCACCGACAUGGAGGCGAAGGUCCGCGAGGCGACCAACAACGAGCCGUGGGGCACGCUGUCCACCGUCAAGGCGCAGAUCGCCGCCGGCACCUACAACUACCGCGAGCGCGAGGAGAUCUUGCUGUUCAUCUUCCGCCGGUUCACGGAGAAGGCCGCCAACGAGUGGCGCCAGAUCUACAAGCUGUUGGAGCUUUUGGACUACUUGAUCAAAAAUGGGUCCGAGCGCAUCAUCGACGACGUCAGAGCCAACAUGAGCCUUAUCCAGAUGCUCAAGCUGUUCCACUACAUCGACUCCAAGGGGAGAGACCAGGGGAUCAACGUCCGCAACCGGGCGAAGAACUUGUUGGCGUUGCUUAACGACGACGCUUUAAUCAGACUGGAGCGCAAAAAGGCCCGCGCCAACGCCAAAAAGUUCGGCGGAGUGUCGCUGGCGGCGUACGGCGGCGCUGGCUCCUUCGCCACCGGCCAGGGCGCCGCUGGGUUUGAGGACGAUGACUACUCGAGCCGGGUGUUUGGCGACGGUGGUGUCUACGGCGCACGCUACGGCGACACCGCCGAAGAGUACGCCGGCGGUGCUGGUGGCGACGACGAGUUCGAAGAGUACGAAGCGGCGCCGUCGGCGCUGGGGGCGCUGGCGGCGCGCUCGAAGGCGACCACCGCCACCACCAACGCCAACGCCACCGCCGCCCAACAAGAACCCGAUCUUUUGGGAGACUUAAUGGACUUUGGCUCGCUGCUGGCGCCGCAAACCUCCACCAGCGCCGGCGCCGCCGCUGCUGCCGACGACGACGACGACUUCGACGACUUCCAGACGGCGCCGUCGGCGCUGGCGGCCGCCCCCGUCAACAACCUCAGCAACAACCUCGCCAACUUGUACGUGUCGCUGCCCACCCUCGCCCAGCAACCUCAACUCCACCAACAACAACAACAACAACAGCAACAGAACCUCUUCCAGCAACCGGCGCAGAAGUUCCAGCCCGUGCAACAGCAGGCGAACUACCACGUGAACCUGGCGGCGCUGCUGGGCCCCGCCAAGCCGGCGCCGAAGGAGGACGCGUUCUCGUCGUUGUUCAGCACCGCGAAGACCAAGACCAAGGCGCAGUCGCCGCUGCAACCGAAAGCGACCCCGCUGUCGUCGGCGCUGCAAUCGAAGCCGGCAGCGCUGGCGGUGCUCGACGACGACUUCUUCUCGCUGCCGGCGCCGGCGCUGCUGUCGCUGGCACCCGCCACCAACAAUACCACCACCACCAACAACAACAACAACGACAUCGACUUGUUAUCGUUUUAA